AAGAAAAACCCAAUUACCCAAUACACAUCUAUAAAUUCAGAUACAAAAUCCUUUCUCAGAAAAAGAAAAAAAAAUCCGAGACAAAACAUACAACAUUCGAUAGAAUCGAAGCGCGUACAGAAAAUAAACAUAAGAAAGAUGGAGUCCGAUGGAAGUAGUUUGAAACAACAAUUGGAGGAAUUGCAAAGAGAUCUCUCAAAGAAGAACAAGUUCGAGGACGCCGUCUCCUCCCUCAAAUCUCUCCUUUUCCGCCGUUAUUCCUCUUCUUCCCCUUCUAUUCGCAAAUCGUUCUAUACUGUUAUCUGCCGAGCGGCGACGGUAUUGAAGGCGAGGUACACCUCGCCGGGUUUCUGGCUUGCCGGGCUGGGCCUGUUCGAGCAGGCCCAUGGGUUGGUCUCCGACCCAUCGGAGAAGUCUCAUUUGCAGUCUUGCAUUGCUCAGGCCAAGGAUGUUUUGCAUCAACCUGAGAAUCCCGUUCCCUCUCAACCCGCCGAUUCAGGAUAUCUGUUUGAGGGGCAUCUAACUGUGGAUCCGGAGCCACCACAGCCUCAAUGGCUGGUGCAGUCAAACCUCUUGAAUGCCGCGGCCACACUCUUGACUGCAGAGUCGUCUUCUCGAGCUCCGGCGGAGAAUGAGGAUGCCUCGCGGAGCGCUGCCGCCAAUCUGAUUCAAUCCCUCAUCGAAAACUUAGAUGAUGUUCUUAUUCCGAUAAUGGAGGAUGAAAGAGGGCCCCCAAGAGUCCCACCGGCCAGUAAAGAAGUUGUGGCAAAGCUUCCAAUCAUCACCAUUACGGAGGAAAUACUGGGAAAGCUUGGUAAAGAUGCAGAGUGCGCUAUUUGUAAAGAGAAUUUGGUUGUGAACGAUGAGAUGCAAGAGUUGCCUUGCAAGCACACUUUCCACCCUCCUUGUCUAAAGCCCUGGCUGGAUGAGCACAAUUCUUGCCCAAUAUGUCGACACGAGUUGCAAACAGACGAUCAUGAGUACGAGAGCUGGAAGGAGAGAGAGAGGGAGGCUGAGGAAGAGAGGAAAGGUGCUGCAAAUGCUAUUCGUGGUGGUGAAUACAUGUAUGUUUAGUUUGGUGCAACUUUUAUGUGGUUGUUUAACUCUUUAUGAUUCCCAUCUUGUAAUACUUGAUUACAAUGAAUUGUUACCUGCCAUUCCAAUUGAGUUCCAAUAUAAUGCAAGUCGAAAUUGCCUUGGAUUGCAUUAUAUUGGAUACUUUCCAAUAUAAUGCCUUGGCUUCGUGGUUUAAACGACCAAUGGUGUUCAGAUAUGUUUGUAGUUAUGGAUUGGAUACUUUCUAUUGAAAAUGCCUUGGAGAAUUGGGUAAUUGAUGAUGAAACAUA